AUGGCGGCGCAGGCCUUGAACCGGGGCAUCGCGGCUGUCAAGGAGGACGCAGUGGAGAUGCUGGCCAGCUAUGGGCUCGCCUAUUCCCUCAUGAAGUUCUUCACGGGCCCCAUGAGUGACUUUAAAAACGUGGGCCUGGUGUUUGUCAACAGCAAGCGCGACAGAACCAAAGCUGUCCUGUGCAUGGUGGUCGCUGGUGCCAUCGCCGCUGUCUUUCACACCCUCAUAGCUUAUAGUGACCUAGGCUACUACAUUAUCAACAAACUGCACCAUGUGGACGAAUCCGUGGGGAGCAAAACGAGAAGGGCCUUCCUCUAUCUUGCUGCCUUCCCUUUCAUGGAUGCGAUGGCAUGGACCCAUGCUGGCAUCCUCUUAAAACACAAAUACAGCUUCCUGGUGGGAUGCGCCUCAAUCUCAGAUGUCAUAGCUCAGGUCGUUUUCGUGGCCAUCCUGCUGCACAGCCACCUGGAGUGCCGGGAGCCGCUGCUCAUCCCGAUCCUCUCCUUGUACAUGGGCGCCCUGGUGCGCUGCGCCACCCUGUGCCUGGGCUACUACCGGAACAUCCACGACAUCAUCCCCGACCGCAGCGGGCCCGAGCUGGGGGGAGAUGCAACAAUAAGAAAGAUGCUGAGCUUCUGGUGGCCGUUGGCUCUUAUCUUGGCCACACAGAGGAUCAGCAGGCCUAUCGUCAAUCUCUUUGUUUCCCGGGACCUUGGUGGCAGCUCUGCGGCUACAGAGGCAGUGGCAAUUCUGACAGCCACGUACCCCGUGGGUCACAUGCCAUAUGGUUGGUUGACGGAAAUCCGUGCUGUCUACCCUGCUUUUGACAAGAAUAACCCCAGCAAUAAGCUGGUGACCACGAGCAGCACGGUCACAGCUGCCCACAUCAAGAGGUUCACGUUCGUGUGCAUGGCCCUGUCGCUCACGCUCUGUUUCGUGAUGUUCUGGACCCCCAACGUUUCCGAGAAAAUUUUGAUAGACAUCAUUGGCGUGGACUUCGCCUUUGCAGAACUCUGUGUCGUUCCUCUGCGCAUCUUCUCCUUCUUCCCGGUCCCAGUCACUGUGAGGGCCCAUUUCACUGGGUGGCUGAUGACGCUGAAGAAGACCUUUGUCCUGGCCCCCAGCUCCGUGCUUCGGAUCAUUGUCCUCAUCACCAGCCUUGUGGUCCUGCCCUACCUGGGGGUACACGGAGCCACCCUGGGUGUGGGCUCCCUCCUCGCGGGCUUUGUGGGAGAAUCCACCAUGGUAGCCAUAGCCGCCUGCUAUGUCUACCGGAAACAGAAAAAGAAGGAGAGCGGGCCAGCCGUGGAGGGGGAGGACUCCGCCAUGACGGACAUACCUCCAGCAGAGGAGGGGACGGAUAUCGUGGAAAUGAGAGAGGAGAAUGAGUAGCUCACGGCACACGGGCGCUGCAGGGACGGCUGGGAUCACACUCCAGCAGCACCUCCUCUCCCGUCGCGUAGUUGCUUUGGUUUUGGUGACGAAAGAGGCCUCGAUUCGAAGGUUUCGUGUAAACUCUGGCAUCCUGGGUGUGCCCACACCCAGGCGGGGACCUAGAGAAUGGUCUCUGCCGUUGCUUUGUAAAAACCAACAAAACACUUGACUCCAUGCCCCCGCUUCAUGAAAACUCAAAAGACAUAGCUGCCUCGUAGUCCAAGUUGUCCCCCUCUCCCACGGACGAUCUCUGCUUGGAACCAAAGGACUACGGCUCUGCCAUCCGUCACCCCGUGGCCACCACUGCCCAGCAGGCCACACGCUCCACCCUGUCCCUGUGCAUCUCCCUUCAGAUUCAACAGGUUACAACUGGGCUUUCUGUGAACGUGGCUGUGCAGAGCGAGGCAACCCCGGUGGCCUCCACCGCGGAAUCGUCGCCUGUGCGCUGCACCUGGGCAGAGCUGCGGCCUGGACGGGCUGUCCACGCUGAAGGAAGGACCUGAGAGCGCGCUGGGCAGAGGGAGGGAGAUGAUCUCCCGCAGGGAAGCUUGAGAUGCCCCCGGAGCCGCCAGCCCACGGCGCCGCCUCCUCCCUCCUCCCGGGUCGCGAGCGCUCACACCGCGCCCGCCCGCCCGCGUGUACAUACCUGAGCUAACCGUAACCCUGUCCUGUCACACACCCGUCACACACCGCACCUCCAAACUGCAGCAUCCUUCCGCAUGGCUUCCCCCGAAGGCUCGUUUUUCACUCACCUCUCCUGAAGGUGGCACUAGAGCAAGGGAAAUGGAGUUGCUCUAACUCUACACUUCUAGUUUUUACCGUGAACUGCAGCUUUAAGUCAUAAUCUAGCAUUCUAAUGCCAGGCGGCCGUAUCAUAACUUCUGCAGUAGAUGUACGACCUGGUUCAGCCAUUCUUAGUCAUAACUAUGCGGUACAGGUAAUUCUACAUGUACUCCCCUCUCAAGAUAAAGCAAGACAUUUUAUAAACAAUUUCAGAGUCACUAUGUGAUGUUCCCUGAGAUGACAUAUUUGAAAUCCAUUUAGUGCAGUAUAUUUUUCUAAGUUUUGGAAAGCGGGUUUUUUCUUUAAAAAAAAAAUAUGGACACAGUUCAGUAAAUUCUUGAUUUCGUCAAAAUUCCUAGACUGAAAGAACCUAGACACAAAAAUAUUUUAAAGAUAUAAAUAUAUACUGUAUAUGUUAUGUAAUUUAUUUUAGGCUAUAAUACAUUUCCUAUUUUCGCAUUUUCAAUAAAAUGUCUCUAAUACAAUAA